CUUGAUGAGGAUUUGACGGGGUGAGUCACGAUGUAGGGGGCCCUUCGGCAUGCUAUGGGGGGGUAGGAAGACGUCAUAAAAGGACUCGAGUUUGACCGUGAGAAGAGGCGGCGGCGUGGCCGGGUCGGCGUGCAUGGUGACGUGCCUUUCUCCCGAGGCAGAGGUGUGCUGGGGAAGAAGUGGCCCGCCCUCGCCUCAGUCUGCCUUCACUCUCGCGGCAGAGCAGCUCACCUCCGUCACCUUCCCGCCAUGCUCCUCAGGAUGAAAGUGUUGGUAGUGGUGUGUCUCUGCCUACCAGCAGCGUUCGGGUUCCCGUAUGGCACCACCACCACCAACACAAAUGACAGAGCCUCCAGCCGCCCCUCCACCAGCACUAAGAGGGAGGUGUCAGUAGGCAGGUGGCGCCCCAUAUAUCCCACUCGCUCCUCCAACUUCAGAGUAAUAAAAGUGCCUCCCACAUACUCUGAAACUACCUCCUCUCAUGCCAAUAUCAAUGAGAUCCCUCCUGCAACACAGAAACUGUUCAUACCGCCGCCUGCCAUCACAAAGGAGGCUCGGAUACUGGAGUACUACAAUGACUCGCCAGAUUUAGCUGUACCCCCUCAUGUGAAUCAGCUGUUGCACAAAAUUCUCUACUUCGAAUCACUGGACCAUGGCAAGCUGAUGACAGCCUUGCAGGAGAAGAGGAAGCGUGCAGGACUCCCGCCACAUGUGCUCAAGAGUUCCCGUCCCCACUUCCCCUUCUUUAGUUACUAGCAUCGCCAUUUAUCCCCAUGUUACCCACGCUGCUUGCACACUUGUGAGUUGACUUUUAUGGUGUUCUUUGUGAGAAUCAGUGUUGUUCUUAGUGUUAUUGAUUAGUAUUUGUUAUGUAAAGAUUAAGCGUAUACAUAAAUACUUUUUCUAAUUGCUCUUCUUUUUGUUCUCUUUCUUAUUCUCCUCAUGCAUAAAAUUCUGUUACUAAACUUUCAGUGUGUCAGUCUGUCAUACAUCAGUCACUGCUUCACUAAACAUGUACAUACAUACAAUGGAGAGGGAAAGAGUUGUACAUUAAUGCAGUCCUUUAUGUUCUGUACAAAUUUCCAGUUUACAUGACUAGACGACUUAUUGAAUAAAAAAAGGAUAUUUAUAAUUUAAGGCA